GGUAAUUACACCCUUAGAAGAUGAUGCGAUUUGAAAUUGAAUUUAAACGGAUCUCACUCACCCAUUUCUCCACAAAUCGCAUUUCUUUUCAUCUCUUCUCAACUCAACCACGAUCUGCAACCUCCAUUCAUCACCAUCACCACCAUGGACGGACAAGAUUCGCAGGAUCCCAAGCAAAGCCCUGCUGACAUGACAGCUUUUGUGCAAAAUCUUCUUCAGCAGAUGCAAAGUAGGUUUCAGACGAUGUCCGACUCCAUUGUUACGAAGAUUGAUGAUAUGGGAAGCCGUAUAAAUGAGUUGGAGCAAAGCAUCAAUGACCUACGAGCGGAGAUGGGAGUGGAGAGCUCUCCUUCACCUGUGGCCCCUGCCAAGCCAAAGGAAGAAGACAAAGAGGAGGGUUCAGCUUAAAGUGACGUUUCAAUUCCAAUUUCUCAUUGUUCUUAUCUUGUAUUGCACUAGGAUUGGUAUGGUUCAUCUAUCUUUAUCUCAGGAUGGGUUCAGAAAAUAGAUGUGCUGUGUUGCUAUGAGUACACCUGAUCAUUUGUAGCUAAAUCACCUUCUGUUUUUAUUUACUCUUACAAUUUUAUAUUGCUAUUACUGUGUUGCGCACAUGCCCGUUAUCCACUCAGUAUGCUCUGGGUCGACAAAUGAAUGAAUCCAUGCUCCCAAAUCCAGGGGCUGCUGUACUGAUUAAUACCUUCUUUAUUCCUACUUUAUUACGGCAUCUUUAUUAGUGGUU